AUGGGUAACAAUACGAGUAGUCUAAAGGAGGCCGAGAUGGAACGAGAACUUAAAAUGAAGAUGGAACAAGAACUUAAAAUGAAGGAGAUGGAAUUUAAGAAUAGGCAAGAAGUUAAAGCCAGCGAGGUGGAACUGAGGAAGGUGGAAAUGGAAAUUAAGGAGGUGGAACUGAGGAAGGCGGAGAUGGAAUUUAAGAAUAGGCAAGAACUUAAAGCCAGGGAGAUGGAACUGAGAAAGGCGGAGAUGGAAAUUAAGAGUGGACAAGAACUCAAAGAGAAGGAGAUGGAACUGAAUAGACAACGCGAGAUAGCCGAACUGAUAAUUGAAUUGAAAAAGACCAAAUCAAAAUACUUCAGUGAACUUACGAAAUCUUAUAUGGAUAUUAUAUGCGAAAUUAUUAAGCAAAAUUCCGUCCUCUAUGACAAAGCCAACGACUCUUUAAAUAAAAUGACAAAUGAAAACCUCCCUGAAUCAGUCAAGAAAACUAUCACAGAUACCUAUAAUAGAAUCACCAAUGAUAUCAUGAGUACUACCGACCUUAUCAAUUAUGCAACAAAAGAGGCUAAUAAACUUAAUAUUCAGGAUACUGAGGAAUAUAUUAAAUUAAUAAACACAUUGGUCGAUAAUGGUCGUCUUACUAGCAAAGACAGAGAAAAACUUCUUGAUGCUCCGUAUGAUCCUGUGAUUGCAAGCGGGAAACCCGAAAAU